AUGGAUUCCGCAGUGCCCUCCGAAGCCCUUCCGGCCCUCAACUGCAUGCCGACAGAGAUACUCGAUCUCAUAUUUGCCCAUGUCUCGCACAUAAACCUCUGGCACCUCCGCCGCAUAUCGAAACGGUUCAACGCCGUCCUCCAUCCGCAUCUCCUAUCAACCCUCCGCGCCAUGGCCGACCCUCUCCCGCUGACCCUCAUCAGAGAGACCACCCCUGUGCCCCUGUCUUUUGUCUACAAUCUCGUUCUGGCCGUCGUGGGCUACGACGAAGGCCGCAGGCUCUGGGGCAGAAUCUUCCCGUCCCGGUACACGUCGCCGGAAACUCCUUACUCCUCCUGGCUACCUGCUACGCCGCCCCAUCUUUCAUUGCCGCAGGCGGCUAACCAGGAGCUCUCGCUAUCGACAGUCCGCCGCCGGAACGACAUCGACGCCCACCCGGACCUCUUCAUCCCCCACCUCCGCGCCGCGUCCCCGUCCUUCGCAAACCUGCGGAGGAUCCACUUCUGGAGCAUCCUCCUCUGGUACAAGGAGUCGUCUCUCAUAUUCGCCGCCCACCCCGCCGCCCUAGCGGUCGGCCAGGCCCGCAAGAACCGCCUCCGCUGGGCCUACAACCAGCACCGGGACAACUACGAGAGCAGGCCCGGGGACGACCCCGCCGUCGUGGACGAGCUCACGAGGACGUACAUCCUGCGCAGCCACUUCGACCGCCCCGCCCCAUGUCGGCCGGACAAGGACCGCUCCCUUCUGCACAUGCUGUCGAGGCGACCGCGGCACCCCGUCCCGUCCUCGCCGGAACUGGCCCACUGGGUCCACGGCGCCACUCUGCGGGACAGACCUCCCGACUACCGGAUCCCGUGGCGGAUGAGGCGACGGCCGUUGCGCAGCGACGAGUCCAACGAGGCGAUGAGGUUGAUAUUCGCGAGCCGCGCUGACUUUGAACGGAACGGUUGA